AUGGCAAAGCAGCAGCAGCGACGCCGGAGCAGCAGCAGCAGCCUUAGCGGACAAGCGGCGGCUCACGGUGGAGUCGGGCGGAGAUGGGGGCUAAACGGUGGUGCUGGUCGAGCUGGAAUGGAGGGCGAGAAGCAGCCGAAGCAAGAAGAAGCAGAAGCAGACACUGUUCUGGAGCUGGAGUUCCAAGUUUUGACUCAUUUGCAGUACUCUAACUCUGAAGCUGUAGUUUAUGUUGGCUGUGGGGAACGUGGAAAUGAAAUGGCUGAGGUCCUUAUGGAUUUUCCACAGUUGACAAUGACAUUACCUGAUGGUCAGGAAGAGUCAGUUAUGAAGCGUACAAGUCUUGUGGCAAACACUUCUAUUAUGCAUGUGGCUGCUCGUGAGGCAUCAAUAUAUACAGGCAUUACAAUAGCUGAGUACUUCAAAAAUAUGAGCUACAAUGUCAGUAUGAUGGCAGAUUCAACAUCUCGUUGGGCAGAAGCACUUCGUGAAAUCUCUGGACAAUUGUUUCUGAACUUUGAUGGCUUUGUCAUCUAA